CUACCGUACCACGAAAGUGAAACAUUUUUCGGGUGAUAUGGGAGUUAUAGUGAAUCAUGGUAACUUUCAUAUCGUUUGGUCAAAAUAACUUUCACACGGUGAAAAAAUUUCACUUUGGCACCGUGGUGGUAGAAGUAGAACUACCCGGCAUAUUUUACCCUGAAAAUCAAAACAGCUAUCAAAUUCAGCAGCAGUAGUAGAAGCAUAACCUAACUGAAAACACAUGGUGAUGCCAAUCAUCCGCCACCGCCUAGCCACUCUCACUCACCGCUUACGCCACUCCUCCGCCGCCGCCGCCACCCCGAAACCCCCCAUCCUCUACACCGCCGACACAACCGCCGACGCCACCGCCACCCUCCAAGUCCUCUCGUGGGGCAAAGGCGCCUCCGGCCAGCUCGGCGGAGGCGUCGAGGAGACCCGCCUCUACCCUUCUCCGGUUGCCAACCUCGCCGUCCCCAAAUCCUCCUUCGCCCUCUCCCAAACCCCUGGCCGCCGCCGCCUCCUCCCAAGCCCACCGAAGCGGGCCCUUGAAGUGGGCCUCUCUUGUGGGCUUUUCCACUCCUCCCUGAUCGUCGAUGGGGCCCUCUGGAUUUGGGGCAAAGGCGACGGCGGAAGAUUGGGCUUCGGCCACGAAAACCCCUUGUUCGUUCCCACACUGAACCCUCACCUCGAUAACCUCCUCUCCGUCGCACUCGGUGGCUUGCAUUCCGUCGCGCUUACCUCGGACGGCGAGGUCUUUACGUGGGGUUAUGGUGGUUUUGGUGCACUUGGGCACUCAGUAUAUCAUAGAGAGCUAUUUCCUAGGUUGGUAAAAGGCUCCUGGGAGGGAACUAUAAAACACAUUGCUACCAGUGGAACACAUACUGCAGCAAUCACAGAAUCAGGGGAGCUUUAUAUCUGGGGUCGAGAUGAAGGGGAUGGCCGAUUGGGCCUUGGUCCUGGUCGGGGCCCAGAUCAUGCAGGUGGACUUAGUAUCCCUUCCAAAGUAAAAGAGUUACCUUACCCUAUUGCUGCUGUAUCCUGUGGGGGAUUUUUCACAAUGGCAUUGACAGUGGAUGGACAAUUAUGGAACUGGGGAGCCAAUUCCAACUAUGAACUUGGGAGAGGUGAUAAGAUUGGUGGUUGGAAACCAAGACCAGUACCCAGCCUUGAGAAUGUUAAAAUAAUUCAAUUAGCAAGUGGUGGAUAUCACUCCCUUGCAUUAACAGAUGAUGGCAAAGUGCUCUCAUGGGGCCAUGGUGGACAAGGUCAGUUGGGCCAUGGAUCUAUCCAGAAUCAGAAGAUACCAGCAGUAGUUGAGGCUUUAGCUCAUGAGAAUAUUAUAUAUAUUUCUUGUGGGGGUUCCUCAUCAGCAGCUGUGACGGGCUGCAGGUUGUGUCCAGAAUCAGAUAUUUCAGAUGUUAGUGUUGGAUAAUUAUGUAUCUGCAGCACCACCACCAUUUUUUGGCCUUUUUAUCAAAAACCAUCCCCACCAUGGCCCUGCAAUGAAUGCUAUUUAAUAACACUGAUUGAUAGUUUGAUACACCAUUGAAUUCAAAUGUUAAAUGUCUACCAAAUCAGGGGAGCUUCAUUCAGACCCUACACAAUAUUGGAAAUUGAUAGGGAAGUUGGACUCUUAUAACUUAUUAUGGCCAGACUUGACAUAUCCUUUGUUAGAAGUUUUGUUUGUUAGUUUCUUCACUCUCCCUAUUAUAGCCAUUGAGAUACAUAUUCUCAUGGCUUUAUCUGAGAUAUAUAGGUUGCACUAUUGCUGCAUAUAUAGAUGCAGAUUGGGCUGACUGUCCAAGUGAGACACAACUUCAGAUUAUUAUUAUGUUCUUAUUAGAGGCAGUCUCAUUUCUUAGAAAAGUAAAAGAGCAAAAUGUUGUUGCUUGAUCAAGUGCAAAGGAAAAAUAUUGAGUUGUGUGCCUGUGAACUAGAAUGGCUAAAA